AGAAUGUCUCUGAAAUACCCACAGGCCACUGCCCUUCUCUUAUAUUCUUCAAACUUGACUGAUUCUAAUAUUUAUUAGGGUGCCAUCUUCAGUAGUAUAAUCUUACUUGUCAAUGAAUUCUUUACUAGAAUGUAAUUAAUCCCUCAAUUAAUUAAUUUAAAUUUCACUCCACCGUACAUAUGUAGUUUAUACAAGCAAACAAACACACAUUCUAACUUCAAUUUCUCUCUCCCCUAUAACUCCACAGUAUUUUGCUCUCCUGCUCUCUCUUCCACUAAAUCCUCUUCAUCACCAUACCAUGAAUGCCUAUAGAUCAGAAGACAAUUCAUACUGUUAUUUCCAUCCCAAAGAGGUUGUUGUUGGGGUUUGUCCACUAUGCUUGAGUGAGAGGCUCCUCAUAUUGGCUGCAAAGCAAGGCAACCUUUCUUCUGCUAGAGCAGCUCAUAGAAAUGAAGGCACAACACACAAAAAGCCACCCAUCAACCUUCCAAAGAUUUUCGCUCUUGGUUCUUUUCUAAAUCGGCUUGAGUUUCGGAACUGGAAGUCUAAUAACUCUGAUCACGAUGCUGAACCCACCAGUCAAGAAGCUUUUGCAGACUCCUUUAUAUCAAUCAAGUUUGAAGACAAUGGUGCUGCCUCAUGGGAAAAGGGCACAGUUUCUAAGGUCUUCAUCGAUCCUUGUAGCCAGCCAUGGAAUCAAAAUCUCAACAUGGAAGCCAAAGAAGGCAAAGACAUUAAGGAGACCGUCAGUAUGAUAGAGCAGGUAAAACCGCGUUCCUCACUGAGGUGGCGAAGGGGGAUUGGUCAUAUGUUCCAUCUAAUCAGAUGGAAGAGGUCCACCAUGGUGGAGGGAGUCAAGGUGAGGAAGAGCUGGAUAAGGACUCUGACAAAGAGGAGAACCAUAUAAGAAAGAGAAUUCUAUAGAAAGGAACACCUGCCUUUUCCACCGCACCAUUCCUCUUUGUGGCUUGAGCUUCAUUCUGGACUGUAAAGCUCUAUAUUAUUGAGAUGGUAGAGUCAAAAUAGCUUUAUCAUCACUCUUAAAAACUGCUUGGCUUUGAGAUUCGUGGGGUUAUUUAUUUUUUAUUUUUACUUUUUUUUUUCAUAUUUAUAAACAGUAUUGAUGAUGUCCAAAAAUAAAAAAUAUGUAAAUAAUAAGUUAUUUAGUGUUUGAGAUAGUGAUUAAUCAAUAUGUUUUGAUA